CCUGUUCCCGCUAGCUGAAGGACACCUGGCCGGGGGACACCGGGAACAUGACCUCGGAGAAUGACUACGACCACCUGGAGAUCCAGCAGCAGUACAGCCGCAUCAACGUGCGCUGGGACGCCUCCGACGAUGAGCUCGACAACGACAACAGCUCGGCCCGCCUCUUCGAGCGCUCCCGCAUCAAGGCGCUGGCAGACGAGCGGGAGGCCGUGCAGAAGAAAACUUUCACCAAGUGGGUGAACUCCCACUUGGCCCGGGUGACGUGCCGCAUCUCUGAUCUCUACAUGGACCUCCGAGAUGGACGGGUGCUCAUUAAACUGCUGGAGGUGCUUUCAGGAGAACUCCUGCCCAAGCCCACCAAGGGCCGCAUGCGGAUCCACUGCCUGGAGAACGUGGACAAGGCGCUGCAGUUCCUCAAGGAGCAGCGCGUGCACCUGGAGAACGUCGGCUCGCACGACAUCGUGGACGGCAACCACCGCCUCGUCCUCGGCCUCAUCUGGACCAUCAUCCUGCGCUUCCAGAUCCAGGACAUCAUCGUGCAGACGCAGGAGGGCCGGGAGACGCGCUCUGCCAGGGAUGCGCUGCUGCUCUGGUGCCAGAUGAAGACGGCGGGGUACCCCCACGUGAACGUCACCAACUUCACCUCGAGCUGGAAGGAUGGGCUGGCAUUCAAUGCCCUCAUCCACAGGCACAGGCCUGAGCUGGUUGACUUCCACAACCUGACCAAAUCCAACGCCCGGCACAACCUGGAGCAUGCGUUCAGCGUGGCGGAGAGGCACCUGGGCAUCACUCCACUCCUGGACCCUGAAGACGUGUUCACCGAGAACCCCGAUGAGAAGUCCAUCAUCACCUACGUGGUGGCCUUCUACCACUACUUCUCCAAGAUGAAGGUGCUGGAGGUGGAGGGAAGACGUCUGGGCAAGGUGAUCGAGCACGCCAAGGAGACAGAGCGGAUGAUCGAGGGCUACAGUGGGCUGGCCUCCGACCUGCUCACCUGGAUCGAGCAGACCAUCGCCUCCCUCAACAGCCGCAACUUUGCCAACUCGCUGGCGGGCGUGCAGCAGCAGCUCCAAGCCUUCAGCACCUACCGCACUGUGGAGAAACCCCCCAAGUUUCAGGAGAAGGGCAACUUGGAGGUGCUCCUCUUCACCAUCCAGUCACGGAUGCGGGCCAACAACCAGCGUGUGUACACCCCACAUGAGGGCCGGCUGGUCUCCGACAUCAACAGGGCCUGGGAGCAGCUGGAGAAAGCGGAGCACGAGCGGGAGCUGGCGCUGCGCAACGAGCUCAUCCGGCAGGAGAAGCUGGAACAGCUGGCGCGGCGCUUCGACCGCAAGGCGGCCAUGCGGGAGGCCUGGCUGAGUGAGAACCAGCGCCUGGUGGCACAGGAUAAUUUUGGCCAAGACUUGCCGGCAGUGGAGGCGGCCAAGAAGAAGCACGAGGCCAUUGAGACAGACACAGCUGCCUACAAAGAGCGUGUGCAAGCCAUCGAGGCCGUGGCGAAGGAGCUAGAGGCAGAGAACUACCAUGACAUCAAGCGCAUCAAUGGACGCAAGGACAACAUCCUGCGGCUCUGGGAAUAUCUCCUGGAGCUGCUGCGCGCCCGGCGCCAGCGACUUGAGAUGAACCUCACCCUGCAGCACCUCUUCCAGGAGAUGCUGCACAGCAUCGACUGGAUGGAUGAGAUCAAGGCGCAGUUGGCAUCACCUGAAUUUGGGAAGCACCUGCUGGAAGUAGAAGACCUCCUGCAGAAACACCGGCUGCUGGAGGGCGACAUGGCCAUGCAGGCAGAGAAGGUUCGGGCUGUGAGCAGCGCUGCCCUCCGCUUCGCUGAUGCCGAGGGGUACCGGCCCUGCGACCCCAAAGUCAUCCGGGACCGUGUGAGCCAUCUGGAGAUGUGCCGGCGGGAGCUGCAGGCACUGGCGGCCCAGAGGAAGGCUCGCCUGGAGCAGUCCAAGUGUCUCUGGAAAUGCUUUUGGGAGCUGGACGAGGCAGAGGGCUGGAUCAAGGAGAAGGAGCAGAUCUACUCCUCCAUGGACUAUGGCAAGGACCUCACCGGCGUCCUUCUCCUGCAGCGCAAGCACGCGGCCUUCGAGGCCGAGCUGCGGGCCCGGGGCGGCCAGCUGGAGCAGGCGCUGGCGACUGGCGAGCGCCUCGAUGCCUGGCGGCUGGCGGGCAGCGAGGAGCUGGGCAAGGACGAGUCUUCCACGCGGGCGCUGGUGAAGAAGCACCAGGAGCUGCUGGAGGAGCUGGCUAGAGCUGAGCAGCUUCUCAGCAGCCUGGGGCAGCAAGCCGAGGAGUUCCCUGCUGCGCUGCGCGCUGACCCGGACACCCAGAGCCGCCUGGCGGCCCUGCGGCCGCUCUACAGCGAGGUGGCGAGCCUGGCCGAGCUGCGGCGACGGAAGCUGCAGGACAGCCUGGACCUUUACACCAUCUUCAGCGAGAGUGAUGCUUGCCAGCUCUGGAUGGGCUCAAAGGAGACGUGGCUGGAGCAGAUGGAGGUCCCCAGCACGUUGGAGGACCUCGAUGUGGUCCAGCACAGGCUUGACAACCUGGAGCAGGAGAUGAGCAGCUUGGCCUCCCAAAUUGAUGGUAUCAACCGGGCAGCCGAUGGCCUGAUUGAGGGUGGGCACCCACGCAGCACCCAGGUCCGGCAGUGUCAGGAGCAGCUCAACACCAGAUGGGGCAGGUUUCGGGAGCUGGUGGCCCAGCGGCGGAAAGCCGUGGACUCGGCGCUGAGCCUGCUCAACUACUGCGUGGACUGCGAGGAGACCUGCAAGUGGAUCCUGAGCAAGACCCGUGUGGUGGAAUCCACGCAGGACAUGGGCCGGGACCUGGCCGGCGUGCUGGCCAUCCAGCGCAAGCUGUACGGCAUCGAGCGGGAACUGGCUGCCAUUGAGAGCCGCCUGGGGAGCCUGCGGCCCCAAGCCCCGCGCCUGGCCGAGGAUCACCCAGACCUGGCAGCAGACAUCCAGGAGCGCCUGGGGGCCACGACAGCCGCUUGGGAGGAGCUGCAGGGCGCCCUGCAGAGCCAGGCGGCCUCGCUGGGUGAAGCUGGCAAGCUGCAGCGCUUCCUGCAAGACCUGGACGACUUCCAGGCCUGGCUCUUCGGGGCGCAGAAAGCCGUCGCCUCGGAUGAGGUGCCAGCGUCGCUGGCUGAAGUUGAGCAGCUCCUCCGGCAGCACAUGGCCGCCCAGGAGGACAUUGAGCAGCACGAGGCCGCCUACAACAACGUGAAGGAGAUGGGCGAGCGGGUGACACAGGGCCAGGCGGACCCCGAGUACGAGCAGCUCCGGCAGCGCCUGGAGGGCAUGGACACGGGCUGGGGCGCGCUGCGCAAGAUAUGGGACACCCGGCACCGCUUCCUCACCCAGUGCCUCGGCUUCCAGGAGUUUCUCCGUGACGCCAAGCAGGCUGAAGUCCUCCUCAGCAACCAGGAGUACACGUUGGCUCACCUGGAGCUGCCCGGCACACUGGAGGGCUCGGCCGCUGCCCUGCGGAGGUUUGAGGACUUCCGUACCGGCAUGGAAAGCAGUGAGGAGAAGAUCCCCAGCACGGUGGCAAGCGGCGCCAAGCUGGUGGCUGAUGGCAACAUCUUCUCUGAGAAGAUCACAGAGAAGUGUCAGAGCCUGCAGGAAAGGCACAGGGCAAAUGUGACCAAGGCGCAGGAGGCGGCAGGUUUGCUGCAAGACAACCACGAGUUGCAGACCUUUCUUCAGAACUGGCAGGAGCUCACCCUCUGGAUCAACGAAAAGAUGCUGACGGCGCAGGAUAAGUCCUACGGCACAGCCCGGAGCCUCCACAGCAAGUGGUUGAAGCACCAGGCUUUCAUGGCAGAGCUGGCUGCCAACCAGAGCUGGCUGGAGAAGAUUGACAAGGAAGGGAAGGAGCUGGCAAGUCGCAAGCCGCAGUAUGGGGCGCUGGUGUCGCAGCGCCUGGGGGAGCUGCAUGCACUGUGGGACCAACUACGGGCGGCCACCGAGGAGAAAGCCCAGCAGCUCUUCGAGGUCAACCGCGCAGAGCUGUAUGCCCAGAGCUAUGGCGACUUGGACCGUUGGCUUGGCGAGAUGGAGGAGGAGUUGCGUGCCGCCGAGCAGGCGAAAGACCUCACCAGCACCAACCUGCUGCUGAAGAGGCUGACAAGACUGGAAGAGCAAGUAGGAGCACGAAAGAAAGAGAUGGAAGAGUUGGUGUCACAAGGGGCCCCACUUGGAGGGACUGCGCAGGAGGCGGACAGCCAGGAGCAGAAACUCCAGCAGCGAUUCCUCGAGCUGCUGGAGCCCUUGGAGAGGAGGAGGAAGGAAUUGGAGUCGUACAAGGCCAUGUACCAGCUCGGGCGGGAUCUGGAGGAUGAGGCGCUCUGGGUGCAGGAGAGACUGCCACGGGCAAGGUCCACGGACCACGGCACUGACCUCCAAACUGUGCAGCGCCUCAUGAAGAAGAACGAGACCUUGCAGAAGGAGCUGGCAGGCCAUGCCCCGCGGGUGGCCGAGGUGCUGAGCCGGGGCGACGCCAUGGUGGCAGAGGCCGGCGGGCAGUGCCCGGAGCUGGAGGAGCAGCUGCGGGAGCUGCGGGGGCUGUGGGACACCCUGCAAACGGAGACCAGCAACCGCCUCCGGCGCCUGCGCGAGGCCAACGAGGCCCAGCAGUACUACCUGGAUGCCAGCGAGGCCGAGGCCUGGAUCAGCGAGCAGGAGCUCUACAUGACGGCAGAUGAGAAGCCCAAGGGUGAAGAGAGUGGCUUGGUGAUGCUGAAGAGACAUGUCCGGCAGCAGCGAUCCAUUGAGGACUACGGCCAGAACAUCAAGGAGUUGGCAGGGAGGGCUCAGCAGCUGCUCUCCGCUGGCCACCCCGAGGGGGAGCAGAUCAUCCGGCUGCAGGGCCAGAUGGACAAGCACUACGCGGGGCUGAAGGAGGCGGCCGAGGAGCGGCGGCAGAGGCUGGAGAACAUGUGCCACCUCUUCCAGCUGAAGCGAGAGGUGGAGGACCUGGAGCAGUGGAUUGCCGAGCGUGAUGUGGUGGCCUCCUCCCAGGAGAUGGGGCAGGAUUUUGACCACGCCACGCUGCUGCGGGAGAAGUUUCGUGAGUUUGCGUGGGAGACUGGCAGCGUGGGGCAGGAGCGCGUGGACCGGGUGAACUUGACCAUUGAGGACCUCAUCGACGCGGGGCACACGGAGGCCGCCACCAUGGCCGAGUGGAAGGACGGGCUGAACGAGAGCUGGGCUGACCUCCUGGAGCUCAUUGACACACGUAGGCAGCUCCUCUCUGCCUCCCAUGACCUGCACAAAUACUUCUACGAUGCUUCUGAGAUCCUUGCCCUCAUUGCGGAGAAGCGGAAGGAGCUGCCCCAGGACCUGGGCUGCGACACCAGCACGGCCAAGGCUUUCCACCGCAUGCACACCGCCUUCGAGCGGGACAUCCAGCUGCUGGAGACACGGGUGCAGCAAUUUCGGGAGGUGGCGGCACGCUUGCAGACAGCAUAUGCUGGGGAGAAGGCCGACAGCAUCCAGCAGCAGGAGCAGGAGGUGGUGAAGGCCCUGAGGGCGCUGCUGGAGGCCUGCAGCGGACGGCGGGCCCAGCUCCUGGACACGGCCGAGAAAUUUCGCUUCUUCAGCAUGGUGCGGGACCUCCUCUCCUGGAUUGAAAGCAUCAUCCGGCAGAUCGAGACGCAAGAGAAGCCCAGGGACGUCUCCUCUGUGGAGCUGCUCAUGAAGUACCACCAGGGCAUCAAGGCAGAGAUUGACACAAGGGACAAGAGCUUCGCCACUUGCAUUGACUUGGGCAAGAAGCUGCUGCAACGCAAGCACCAUGAGGCACCUGAGAUCAAGGCCAAGCUGGUGGAGCUGGUGGAGAGGAGGAGGAUCAUGAUGGAGACGUGGGACAGGCGCUUGGACUGGCUACGCCUGCUGCUGGAGGUGUGCCAGUUCUCCAGGGACGCCUCGGUGGCCGAGGCCUGGCUCAUCGCGCAGGAGCCCUACCUGGCCAGCGGCGAUUACGGGCACACGGUGGACAGUGUGGAGAAACUGCUCAAGAGGCACGAGGCCUUUGAGAAGUCCACGGCGACCUGGGAGGAGCGUUUCGCUGCCCUGAGGAAGCUGACCACGCUUGAGCUCCUGGGCAAGCGGAAGCUGCAAGAGGAGCCGGAGCAGGGCAAGGCAACGCGGAGGUCGGCUCCCGACUACAACUUGGAUCUGGAUGCUGAGCUGGACAUGGGGUCUGAGGAGGAAGAGGAGAAGAAGAAGGGCUUAAUAGUGCAGGAUGCCUCUCCACCUGCCUCCCAUGGACCAGAACCGGUCACAAAGCCGCACGCUCAGGAGGAGCCGGUGGCACCGGGCCUGCGGGAGCCGCGGAGCGAGCUCGAGGAGCCCACCACGUUGCCCGCCCAGCUGGAGCGCGCGAGCGUCCAGCUCGAGGGCUACCUGGGCCGCAAGCAUGACCUUGAGGCGGCCACCAAGAGGGCUUCCAACAGGUCGUGGAGCACGCUGUACUGCGUGCUGCGUGGCGGCGAGCUCGCCUUCUACAAGGAUGCCAAGAGCCGCGCGCUGGGGGUGCCCUACCACGGUGAGGAGCCCUUCGGGCUGCGCAAUGCCCUCUGCGAGGUGGCUGCCGGCUACAAGAAGAAGAAGCACGUCUUCAAAUUGAGGCUCGGCAAUGGCAGCGAGUGGCUUUUCCAUGGCAAGGAUGAGGAGGACAUGCACACGUGGCUGCAGAGCCUCAGCACAGCAAUAAUUGAAUCCCAAAGCAUCAAGACGAAAACCCAGAGCCUGCCCCUGCCCCUCAUCACUGCUGUGGAGCCCAGCCUGGCCAAGAAGGACAAAGAGAAACGGUUCAGCUUCUUCCCCAAGAAAAAGUAG